CCAACCCCAACCCCAACCCCAAACCCAACCCCCCGCUUUGCCUCCUUUUUUGGGAGCCUAGUUCUUGCUCUCCGAGGGACUUCUUCGAUUUCCUCUCCUCUCUUCCUCCUUAAAACCCUAGUUUCCUCUCCUGAUGCCUUAAAACUCUAGUGUCCUUCCCCUUCUUCGGCUUUUCAUUCACGUCUCUCAUCCCUUAAGGUCUUUCAUCCUCCAGAACCCUAGCCUUUCUUCUCCAUUCUUGUCGUUUCUGACACAAAAACCCUCGUUUCUUUCUUCCCCAAUUCCUCCCUUUCUUCUUUGAUCUUGUGAGUUUGGAGACCUGGUGAUCAUGGCGUCUGGAAAGAGGGAGAACGAGGCUAGAGGGCACGGCCUCGGGGACCAGAAUGAACAGGCAUUGUUUUUACAGGUGGAUGCUGCAGUUCUACAUCACCAGAAUCAAAGGCUUGUUCAACAGCUAGAGGCCCAGAAAGCAGAAAUGCAUACAUUAGAAGGGAAGUUCAAAGAUUUGAGAGAAGAGCAAGAUUCUUAUGACAAGACUUUGAUUUCUGUAAAUAAAAUGUGGAAUCAGUUGGUUGAUGAUUUAGUCCUGCUUGGAGUACGAGCUGGUGGCGAUUUACGUUAUUUACAAGCAUUGGACCGUGAAGAUCUGCGCACAGAUGCACUUGCAUCAUGUCCUCCGGAGGACACAUUUCUCUGUAGGCUCUUGAGAGCUGGCCCUGUUGAAAAACAUGAAGGAAAUGGAGCCAUUAAAUAUGUUCAAGAAGCCCUUGCUCUUCGCCAUUCAGCCACGCUGGAUCUGAUGAAACAUGUCCAAGAGACUAUUGCUGCUCGACAGGCUAAAAAUGAUUGCUUAGCAAUGGCUUUACAUGGGAAGUUAUCAUCUGAAGAUGCUAUUUUGCAAGUCCAGAAACUUAAUGAUUACAUGGGAGAGGUAGCUAACAAUAUGCGUCAGGCUAUUAAUGUUCUCCAUCAGAAGCACAAACAAUAUACAGAUGAAAUAAACAAGUAUCUUGAGAGAUAUUCAAGGGAACAAUCUGAAAUAAAAUGUCUGUCAGGUGAGUUGGAAGAAAGCAUGGCUGAACUUGAGGAAAGCCGACGCAAGUUGGUUAUUCUACAAAUGCAGAAACAUGGAACAUCUGUAAUGAGUGCUUCAGUUGCCAAUGCUGUAAAUGGAAGCGGUUCACCAGAUAAACCUGCAGAUAGGACUGUGGGUUUGCGGGAGCUGAAAAAUUCAGUUGAGGAGGCUAAGACACUGGCAGCAAGCCGUCUUUUUGAACUUCAAGAGGCCCAAGAAAAAAACUUAAAUAUGUCAAAGCAAGUGGAAGAUCUUCAAAACAAAUUGAAGGAUGAUAAAUACAUAGUCACAUCAAAACCUUACUCUCUAUUAAGCGAUAAACUCCAGCAUCUUAAUAUGGAACUUGAGCAGUACAAGGGAUUGAUGGAAUCCUUGCAGGCAGAGAGGAAUCAUAUGCUGCGAAGAGAGAAAGAAUUGAAUGCAAAGGCAGAGUCAGCUGAUGCUGCAAAGAUUUCUCUUAGCACAUAUCAGGCCAAGAUUGAGGAGCUGGAGCUUCAGAUUCAGAAGUUUAUUGCUGAAAGAAAUGAUCUUGAAAUUAAAUUGGAAGAAGCUGUGCAGGAUUCAGGGAGGAAAGAUAUCAAGGAUGAGAUUCAUGUCAUGGCAUCAGCACUAUACAAAGAAAUGGAAAUGUUGGAGACCCAGCUAACUAGGUCUAAAAUUGCUGCUCGUGAUGCACUUAAAUCACGUGAAGAUGCGGAUUCUUUGAGAGCUGUAUUAGAUAGGAAGAUUAGUGAACACAAAAUCUUAUCAGAUAAAUGUGCAGAACAAAUGGGUGAGAUCAAGUCUUAUAAAGCACAGAUUGAGAAAUUGGAAAAGGAAAAACAGGAGUUGCAAAUUUUCUUGGAUAUGUAUGCACAAGAAUGUUUUGACACUAGAACCAUAAUGGAAAUCAAAGAAUCAGAACAUAGAGCUCGUGCGCAAGCUGAAAUCUUGAAAACUCUACUGGAUGAACACAGUCUUGAAUUGCGAGUGAAAGCAGCAAAUGAGGCUGAGGCAGCUUGCCAGCAAAGGCUUUCUACUGCUGAAGCUGAAAUAGCAGAAUUACAGACAAAACUAGAUGCUUCUGAAAGAGAUGUCUGGGAGCUUAAAGAGGCUAUAAAAAUCAAAGAUGCAGAAGGAAAGGCAUAUAUUUCUGAAAUCGAGACAAUCGGUCAAGCAUAUGAAGAUAUGCAGACACAGAACCAACAUUUACUUCAACAGGUUGCUGAUAGAGAUGAUUACAAUAUCAAGCUGGUAUCGGAUAGCGUGAAAAUGAAGCAAACCUACAGCUCUCUUCUCUCUGAAAAGCAAGCCAAAGCAAAGCAACUCCAACAAAUAAAUGGAUCGCUCGAGUUUUACAAAAUGAAAGUUGCUCGUGGUGAAGAGCAGAUGAAGAUAUAUGUUGCCCAAGCUUGUAAAGCUUCCCUGGAAAAUAGGCACCUUUCAAUCAAUCUGGACAAAGCUACAGUGGAGUUAGCUGAUGCAGAGAAAGAAUUGAUGUGGCUUCGAUCUACUUAUGAUGAUUCUCAGAAGGAAUAUGAGCGAAACCAGAAAAGGAUUGCUGACUUGAGGUUGGAGUUAGAGCGGGAAAGAAAUGAGAGGAAAAGGCUUGCAGAAGAGCUUGAGGAAGUGAAAACUGAAGUUAUGGAGAUGAGCAGUGAGAAUGAAGAAACCACAAUCCAGAAACUUCAGGAUGAAAUCAAGGAGUGCAAGGCCAUUCUUAAAUGCGGUGUAUGUUUCGACCGUCCCAAGGAGGUUGUAAUUACGAAGUGCUUCCACCUAUUCUGCUAUCCAUGCAUCCAGAGGAACCUGGAGAUUCGUCAUCGUAAGUGUCCUGGGUGUGGCACCCCAUUUGGACAAAGUGAUGUCCGUGAGGUGAAAAUAUAAACUUUCUGAGAGGGCAUAUCUUUUUCUGCUCCUUCCUCUACAGUAUCUGGACCUCAUCUUGUGAUACGGGUGUCCGGCAUCUCUAGCUGACCAUGGGCAGGGCCUCUGGCCUAUACUAUAUUUCUUUUUAGUCGGACUUUGGACUAAGUUUACCCAAAAUUUGAUAUUUUUCGUGCCGAAGCUCGCCCAUGAUCAGCUCUAUGUCUGCUUUUGUGUUGCAUAUAUUAGAUAAUAGUUUUAUAUAAACGAAAUAUAUACAAAAGAAAAUGCAUAAGUAAUUCUAUAGCACUCGGCAACUGUUUGGCCUAUGCUUAAGCCUCGAGAAGCUUCCUAGUUGGAACAUUCUAUCUUGAUCACCUGAGUUUAUCUGAUU